AUCCAUAUAGAUAGACAUAGUAUCAUUACGUAUUUAUACUUAAAUUUAAGUAUUUAUAUUUGAUGUAAUAACUAUAUACGUUAUAGUGUGGGUUAUUAGAUUUGUGAUCUCACUAUGAUCUAAUAACCUAAUUUGUGUAUUUUGUUUUUGUAUUUUCAUUUGUGAAUAAAUAUUUCUAACACUAUGUUAAGUAUUAUUCUAUGUCGUCGUAUGUUACGAAUUGGAUAUAAUGAAAAAAAAUAUUGGACCAAAUCAUUUAUGAUGUGUUCAAUUAAAUCUCGAAAACAAAUCAUUUAUUACGAAGGAAUAUUUUCUCACACUUCUAUAUGUAAUCCAAUAUAUUCUACUUUUGGAAUUAGGAUAUAACAUUUACAUAAUGGGUAGAACUUCAAGAAAACGUCAUCAAAAGAAGAAGCUAAAAAUUAAAAAAAUAGCAGAAAACGAAGAAGACAGUCUGAUGCAUCUUAAAUCUUGGUUAUUAACAAAUAACUGUUUAUCUGUUUAUAAUUUAGUUCCAUAUAACUUUCAUAUUACUGGUAGAGGAUUAAAAACAUUAAAAGAUAUUAAAGUUAAUGAUAUCUUAAUUAAAAUACCUUACGAAAUUUUAAUAACAACAUGCACUUUAUCUCAAAGCAAUUGUUGCAGUAGAAAUGUAAUUGAUCAUACACAGAAAAAAAAGAAUAUACUUCAAUCAAAGUCAAUUGUCACUUCAGUUAAAAUUCCACUAAUAAUUUCUGGAUUUACUGGAGGAAAAUCAGGACAACAAAAAAGAGAUUGUUUUCAUCCUGGUGUAUCUAGUUUAAGUCGUGAAUGUAUUCAUUUUCAAGAAAAAGAACCAAUUAAAUCUAAAAAUAUGAUUAGAGCAAUGCUUAGAUAUAUUUGGCCAGAAGAUGAUCCAGAGAUCCGAAAAAGAGUUAAAAUUGCUGUUGGUCUACUCAUUACUGCAAAAGCUUUAAAUGUUGGAGUCCCUUUCAUUUUUAAAUAUGCAAUAGAUAUUCUCAAUGAUCAAUAUAUGUCAACUACUGGUACUACUAUUCUAAAUAUGGAAACUGCACCAGAGACAGUUGCAACUGUAAUAACAUCAUUACUUAUUGGAUAUGGAAUAGCACGGGCUGGUGCAGCUGGAUUUAGUGAAUUGCGAAAUGCAGUAUUUGCAAAAGUUGCACAACAUUCUAUUCGCAAAAUAGCUAAAAAUGUAUUUUUACAUUUACAUAAUUUAGAUAUGGCUUUUCAUUUGAGUAGACAAACUGGAGCAUUAUCUAAAACAAUAGAUAGAGGAAGUCGUGGUAUAAAUUUUGUAUUAAAUGCUAUGGUAUUUAAUAUUAUACCAACUGUAUUUGAAUUAUCAUUAGUUAGUACAGUGUUAUAUUUAAAAUGUGGAGGAGAAUAUGCAAGUAUUGCUUUAGGUUGUGUUGGAAUUUAUUCUUUAUUCACAUUAGCAAUUACUCAAUGGCGAACAAAAUUUAGAAUCCUUAUGAAUCAAGCAGAAAAUGAAGCAAGUAAUAAAGCAAUAGAUUCACUUAUUAAUUAUGAAACAGUAAAGUACUUUAAUAAUGAAAAAUUUGAAGCUGAAAGAUAUGAUAAAUCAUUAAAAAAAUAUGAAAUAGCAUCACUUAAGACGAGUACUAGUUUAGCAAUGUUAAACUUUGGACAAAAUGCUAUAUUUAGUGCUGCCUUGAGUUUAAUAAUGGUACUAGCAUCUAAUAACAUUAUUGAAGGUACUAUGACAGUAGGAGAUUUAGUAAUGGUCAAUGGACUUUUAUUCCAAUUAUCAGUUCCUUUAGGAUUUUUAGGUUCUGUAUAUCGCGAAGUUAAACAAGCUUUUAUUGAUAUGCAAACUAUGUUUACUUUGAUGACAAUGGAUACUGCUAUUAAGUCUAAAGAAAAUGCAAUGAAAUUUAAUAUAAGUUCGAAUAAUUCGAAUAUUGAAUUUAAAAAUAUUAGUUUCCAAUAUGUUAAAGAUAAACCUAUUUUUAAAGAUAUUAGUUUUACUAUUUCAAGUGGCAAAAAGAUUGCUAUUGUUGGAGGAUCUGGUUGUGGUAAAACAACAUUAGUAAGACUUUUAUACCGAUUUUUUGAACCACAAUCCGGAGGAAUUUAUAUAAAUGGACAUAAUAUUCGAGAUAUUGACUUAGAUAUUUUAAGAAAAUCAAUAGCAAUUGUUCCUCAGGAUACUGUUCUGUUCCAUGAAAGUAUUUUUUAUAAUCUUCAUUAUGGUAAUUUAUCUAAAUGUAAGGAAGAAGUUUUUGAAGCUGCUAAAAUGGCAAAUUUGCAUGAUGCUAUUCUUAAAUGGCCAAAAGGAUAUAAUACACCUGUUGGAGAACGUGGUUUGAAAUUAAGUGGUGGUGAAAAACAACGAGUAGCAAUAGCUAGAGCAAUUUUAAAAAAUAGUCCAAUUUUAAUUUUUGAUGAAGCCACAUCAUCUUUAGAUUCUAUCACAGAAUAUAAUAUUCUUGAAGCAUUACGCAGAGCAACUGUUGGCCGAACUUCUAUUGUUAUAGCUCAUCGAUUAUCUACUGUCAUGGAUUCAGACGAAAUUUUAGUAUUAGAUAAUGGUAGUUUAAUUGAAAAAGGAACACAUGAUUGUUUAUUAGCUAUGCCGAAUUCUUUAUAUAGCAAAUUGUGGGAAACACAACAUAUAGGAAUACUCAAAUCUACUGAAAAAAAAGAUAACUGUAGAACUCCAGGAGUUUGAAA